AUGCAAAAUGAUCCAAUAAUAUAAGUGUAUAGUCUUUGGGACCCAAAUGAUAUUUAUUAUCUAACAUUACGAGUAGGUACUCAAGAAAAAAUUAAAAUUCAAUAUCGUACUUGGGAUGAAAAAUUAAAAUGCUUGAACACUUAUGAUAUGAAUAAUAUAGAUAAACUCAAUCAUUAUAAGUACAUAAAAAAACAUGAUUAUUGUAACAUACAAACUGAUUGUUCCUUUUAAUCUGUCAAUAAAAAAAAUUUAAUAAUUUUUUAACAGAACCCUAGAUUACGAAACAUCUAAAUUUUACAUUUUUUAAUAAUUGGAAUGCUCUUUUUUAAGAAGAAACAAAAAAGUUAAGUGAAUAUGGCUAAUAUUAAUCAAUUUCUUCAAUAAAUACUAGAAGAGAAUUAAUUAGUCUACAUGAUAGUUCGCAUCGUAAGAGAUAUAUAGUCAAAAAUAUCUGGCAUUCAAGCAAAAUAUUUAAUUCCUUCUAAAUUUAAUUGGGAAAGGAUUAAAAUUCUAGAUGAAAUCGCAUACCCUCCUCUUAUUAAAUAUUAGGAAUAAAAACAAUAGAUGUACCAAAAUAGUUAUAGAAUUCGACAUCUGAAUGGAGAGAGAGUACAACGACUAAUGAGAGAUGAAUUCUAUGGCUUUGAAUUACAAGAUUAUGAAAAUAUUUGCAUCUUAAAAAAAGGACUUUUUCAAAAUGGACAUUUUCAAGGAGAAUUAAUUGAGUUUGAUAAGUAAAGGAAUGAGUUAAUUCAUUACAUCAGCAUAAAAGUUAAUAACAAAGGAGAGAAAUUAGGUGAGGAUGUUAGGAUUUGCUAUAUAUCUAUUCAGGUGAAUCCUAUUGUGUUCAAAAUGAAAAGAUAUUAUAGGGGUGAAUUUAACAGCGACAAAUAAAAUGGCAACGGAAUUAUGAUUUAAUAUAAUAAUCAGGAAGAAAGAAAUAUAUAAUUUUAUUAUUCAGGUAGGUGGCAAGAUGGAUUCUUAAAUAGUUUUGGAAUAUUUGAAAAUUUAAAUUAAAAAGCAAAUGAACAAUAAUUAUAAGAACGUCAAUAGGAUAAAAGAAAAUUACAAUACAGGAAAUAUAUUGGACAAUUCAAUGAAACCCAAUUUCAUGGAUAGGGAAUUGCUUAUUUGAUGAAAAAAAUAGUUUAGGACAAGUGGGGUGAGAAAAUAGCGUUAACAGGUAAAUUUUAACGAAAUAUAUUGGUUGGAUAAUAUAUAAAAACAGAAUUAGACAAAGAAACAAGCAAUUAAAAAAAAAAAAAUAAAUUUUCAAAUAUUUUUAAAUACUUUGAUUGUUGUUGA